AUGGGGUUCCGGGAUCUAAAAUGUUUCAACCAAGCUCUAUUGGCGAAACAAGUGUGGCGUUUGAUGUCAAAUCCGGAAUCUUUAGCAUCUAAAAUCCUCAAAGCUCGAUAUUUUAAGAACACUUGUGUUAUGGAGGCUAGGAGAGGAUAUGAUCCAAGUUAUACUUGGAGAAGUAUUUGGGGUGCAAAGGGUUUGCUUCGUGAUGGUCUCGUGUGGAGAGUAGGGAAUGGGGCUAAUAUUCGAGCUUGGAAAGAUGCUUGGCUAGUUAAGGAUGGUAAGCCUAUCAGCGUGCAACAACCUAAUGGGGUGGAGGAGAAUAUGCUGGUGCACGAGUUACUUUCUGUAAAUGGCAGCGAUUGGGAUGUUGAGAAAGUCAGGGGGUUGGUGGAUAACUCUACUGCUGCUAAGAUCCUUGCCACUCCUAUUUCCCACCAUUAA